AUGGAUGGCGGACGCGGCGGCGGCCGUGGCAAGGGCAAGAAGGUCAAGGCGACCAAGAAGAAGGCGGCGGCAGCUGCAGCGCAAGCUCAAGCCCAAGCGGCCCUAGCAGCCCAAGCCGCGCACAAGCAGAAGCCGCACCACAGCGGGAAGACAGCGGCCGCCAGCCACGCCAGCGGCCAAGUGGUGGCCGUGUCCAAGGCGUCGCCGGCGACUGCGAGCGCUCAGGCGGAGGCGACUGCACACGAGCAGACGAUGACCAAGUCCAAGCGCAAGCGGCUCAAGAAGGCGGCGGCCGGAGCGCUGCUCAAGAAGCAGGCGGAGGCCGACAAGCAGCCGCACAAGAAGCCCCCCACUGCAGCUGCCGUGUCGCCCAAGACGAAGAACGUGGCGGUGCUGACGCCGCCUCCACCUGCUGCUGCUGCUGCUGCUGCAGUGACCGUUGUGAAGCCGCACGUGGUGUCGCUCACGGGCGGCAAGAAGAAGAAGAAGAGGAAGAGAAAUGCCGGUGCUGCAGCUGCUGCUGAGGAGGGACCGAGUGAGGAGAAGGGGCAGGAGAAAAAGGAGAAGAAGGUUGCCGAGGUGAAGAAGAAGACGGUGGUGCUGGUGGGGAAAGCUUCGGCUACGUCGCCGUCUGUGGCUGCCAAGGGGAAGAGCUUGACGCCGACCUCGACAAGUCCCAAGCGGAAGAUCGCACAGCUAGGAAGUGCGUCGCAGAAGACGAAGGAAAAGCAGCAUGUUCAGAAGGAGGCUGGCGUGGUGUUGACCACUGCAUCGCCGAAAAGUGGCUUGGCUGCUAGCCCACGCAAGAUCGUUAAGAAGGUGAAAGCGAAGACAGAAACUCCGGGUGAUAUCAAGACUGUUGGUGCUGGGGCUCCCGCUAAGGCAAAAGGAGAACCUCAAGUAGCUGCAGAGAAAUUGGAAGCGAAGAAACCGGCUGCGGUGGAGGGAGAAGCUAUAGUGGCUACGAAGAAAGCGGUGCAGCAGCAACAGCAGCAGGAGCAGAAGCCUGUCGUCGUAGUCAAGUCGCCAGCGGCUACAUCGUUGAAAGCGGACACUGCGACACAAAGUCGCACGAUUGCUCAGGUGCUGCUUGGCUCGCUAACUGUUGCAGGUUUUUGGAAUUGUUGCUGA